UCACAAACCUAUUUCUCAGGAGGAGCGCUACUUGGAGGUACAACUAAGGCUGAUUACGGUUUGCUGAGGACCAGCCUGGCUGAGAUGUCACGUGGCGUGGCUUAGAGGUGAUGAGAAACAAAACAGCCUGCAAUCUUUAGAAACUUGGAUGCUUUUACCAGGAUUCCUGGAGGAUUGAUUUUGUUCAGUCUGAAAUGACCAGCCUGAAUUUACUUCUCUGGAUGUGUGUACUCAUUUUAACAACAACAUCAGGCUCCUUGUGGUGUGUUUCAUCAAUGAUGAUUUAAGAAAUGGUUGGAAAUUCUUUUUUUUCCCCCUGUUUAAACUGCCAUUCACCCACAAUGUGAGCAAUCAUUUCCACUCGCCUUAUCUGCAGUUUUAUGAGCACCUUGCGCACGAUUGCAGUGGCAGCACGACUCCAAGACUAAACUGAAGAUAUAAAAAUGCUGCUUUGGAAUUCUGCAGGUGUCGAGGAUCUGCUAGGGAACAGCAGUGACAAUGGGAUGUGGAAUGUGGAACAGGUCCUUGUCCCGAUAUUUGAUGUUCUGAUCCUGGUAUUGGGUGUAGGGGGACACACCAUGGUCAUGGUGAUCCUGUGUAGCAGGAGCAGGAGGCGGAUGGGUCAGUCAGGAACAGGUACGGACGUCCUCCUGCUGGCCCUGAGCUUUGCAGAUCUUCUUCUUCUCUCCACGCUUCCUUUCCACACGACCGCCAUCGCCAUGCAGCAUUGGCCUUUCGGGGACUCCCUGUGUCGUCUGGCUGGCUUUUUGGGAUCGGCCUGCACCUCGGCCAGCGCCUUCACGCUGUCCACCCUGGCGGUGUCGCGCUACAUGACGGUAGUGCACCCCGCCAGAACUUUCCGGUGCCUCUCUCCACGCCAGGUAGCCAUCACGGCUGCGCUUCUUUGGGUCCCGGCCUGCUGCCUGGCGACACCUCAGCUGGUGUUUCGUUUUGUGGGAAACCCUCCAAAUAACCCAGAUGGCCUUGCUUGCUUUGCUUUCCUGUACCACAGAGAUGAGCUCAUUUAUGGAUUGAUUCAUUUCCUUGUGGCUUUCUUGCUCCCCCUAGUCACAAUUGCCAUCGCGUAUGGGAACAUCUACUUGUUCCUGUGGAGGACCCGGAAUGCUGUUCAAACUCCACAAGUGGAACGUUACCAGAGCAAGGUAACCCAGACGUCAGUAAUACUGGUUGUGGCGUUUACUCUGUGCUGGCUGCCUUCCUACGGCCUGACGCUGGCCUUGCUAUCUGACAAAAGCUCAGGGGCCACUGGCACCUCACCACGUUACGGUCCGUUCAGCGUGUUUGCACGACUCACGGCGAUCGCUUCAACAGUGUUAAACCCCAUCCUCUAUGUGCUCAUCUCCCAAAGGUUCAGACAGGAUCUGCUGAGGCUUUUUAAGAGGGAAGGGCAGAAAGCCAGUAGGGGCGGGGCUGCCUGAUUGACAGUAAUUACUCAGCGCAAAACCUGGAUGCACAAACACUGGGCUGAUCCACAUUACUGCGAAUUACAAUUAAUCAUUUGAAAGACAUUUGAAAGGAAUGGGUACUCGAGAGUAUUACACAACAAGUUGUGAAGAAUGUCGCUCCUUUAUGGGAAUAUAGACAACCUUGAUUUGGUCAUGCAAUCAUGCAUAUGAGUUAUUAAACACAUACCCCCAAAAAAUUUGAGAUUAUGUAAAAUAGGCUGUUUUUUGUCUCUGUUUGUGUUCAAGUCUUUUUCCAAAAGGAUAUAUUCUAUCCAACAUUUACAAAUAUAACAGUGCUAACAUUUGAUUUACUCUGUCAGUAGGUUUCAAAGCUGAGCAAUACUAGCAUUGUAAAGGCAGAAUUAAUUUAAGCACCUCUUGUAUUGGAAGUACCUCAAAUUGCAGCUUCAAGUGCAGAUACAAAGCGGGGGUAAUUUCAGAUGAAAAUAUAUUAAAAUUAAAACAAAAUUGAGGAAAGACUACAGAAUUACAGGCCAUACAUCAAUUGUGAAAAGGAAAUAAGAUGUAGAUAUGGCAGGAAAUUAAAUUAGAUAGAAAUUGAGUGUUCAACAACCCUCAG